AUGGCGACCUCCCGCUUCUGCGCGCUGCCCGGCGCGCUCCUCGCGCUGGUCCUCCUCUCCGCCGCGUCCCUCCCGUCCCCUGCUUCCGCCUUCCGCGGUCGAAUUCUCACGACCCCCGCGCCUGCGCCCGCGCCCGCGCCAGAGGAAGACUCGUCCGGCAUCGUUGCAAUGGAGACCAUCCCGUCCCCGUGGCCCGCAACCAACGCGUCUAUGGACGCCGCCGCGAUCGCCGCGACCAUCGACCCGAACGUCAACGACACGUACCCCGCGGUUCUCGAUCCGAUCACCCAGCCGGCGCCUCCACCGUAUGUGGCGCUGAAUCAGUUCAUGGAUCCCGCGGAUAUCGGCGCGGCGCUGGAUCAGAUCGACGCGCGCGCCGUCGCAUACUCGUCUACCCUGGAGGAUACGAGUCUGCCGACAGAUGCGCCGGAGGAAGUGGCGAACUGGACCAACAUGCUCGCCACUGAUCCCGGAUACGCCUCCUACCCUUACAAGAAGCCCCGGUACCACCCGGUGUACGGGCUUGCUGUGAAGAAGCCCAACGGCAAGUGGUACACGUACGUCAACAACAACCUGCAGUGGCCGGGCGUCGAUGACUGGGCCACUGGCUUCAAGACGUGCCGUUUCACCCAGCCUGACCCUUACUUGGGCUUUAACUGCACUGAGGAUGCCACCUGCCCCGGGUGCCCCUACUGCCGCGCGCAGCAGUGCUUCUUCAACCGCCACUGGCCCACCUACCGCAACCCCCAGGCUGAUGGCACUAUCCCCGGGCAGAUGUACUGGCAGCGCAUUAUUGAUGCUGCCAUCAACCCUAAGAGCAUGUGGCGGGGGCGAAAGGCGCCUGCGGAAAGGCGCGUGGAGGAGGCGGAAGAAUCGGCGGAAAGCAGCGAGGGCGAGACGGAGGCGAGUCGCGAUGCGGAGAGUGACGCGGACGACAGCGGAAGCGACGGCGGAAGUGACGACGGGAGUAACGGGAACGAAAUAGUAGACGGGGAUAAAGGGAAUAAACAGCGCGCGAGAGUGGUCCGAGACGAGGAACCGUCCAAUGGGAAGCGCGGGCCAGACGCCAGUGAUACAGCGACAUUAACGACACGUGGCAAGAAUUCUCUCCCCAGCGCGGUGCGGCUGCCUUGGUUGACGUGGCUUGCUCUGUCUGGCUCGUAUCUGGUCGCGGUGAUUCUCGCAUUUAGUGUUCUCCGCGCAACCCUCCCCGCGCAUGAGGACCCCCUCACCCCGUGCAAAUUUCCGUCUUCCGCCAAUGCGGAAGAUUUUGAGACGACUUCCGUCGAUGCCUCCGCUGUUUCCGGCGCUGCUGGCGGGAGCCAGCCGGCGAACGCGACGCGAUGGACUAAUGCCACGUGUCCUGUCCCGUGGCACCCAGCCGUGGACGUGCUGACGUGGCGGUGGUCCCCGCUAGCGGCGGCGGCGGCCGUGCUAGGGUUCAUGAUUUGCGCGCUGCGCGCAUUGGGAAGCGGAUUGGCGGAACUCGGCGCGCUGGAGGAACGCCUCCGCGCAUUAGAAGGGGGAGGGGGCGGGCGCGGGGGAAGGCUGGGGGAAGGCGGGGCGGAGGGGGAAGAAGGCGGAAGCGGACGGGGGAGGGGUGCGGGGGGGUUUGGAGGGAUGUCAGGUUCGGAAGGAGGUUCGGAGGGAGGUUCGGACGGAAGGGCGGUGGUGACAGCUGGCAGCAAGCUGGCGGUAUCGGUGGGGCGGAGCUCUCUGUUGGGGAUUCUGGUGCAUGAGAUAAGAGCGCCGCUUAGAGGCGUACUGGGUCUGCUGCAGCUGCUGCUCUCCUCCUCCCUCGACGAAUCGCAGCGCGACAUGCUGGCAGCCGUGCAGGCCACGUCGCGCCACAUCAUCCACGUCGCCAACAACGUCGUCGACAGCUGGCGCAUCGAGAACCGUCGGAUCGCCGCCGCCUCGUCCGCCGCCGCAUCGUCCGCCGCCGCUGCAAUCUUCCGUGGGGAACGAGGGGGAGGGGGAGGGGGAGGAGAGGGAGGAGGAGGCGGGGGGGGAGGAGGGGGGACAGGCAGAGGAGGCGCGUGGGGAGGCAGGGCCGGGGCGGUGGAGAGGGGGAGCGUGGUGCGGCUGGGGUUAGAGAGUGCGGUGUUUGACCUGCGGUGUGUGGUGGAUGAAGUGGUGCUGCUCGUGGCAGGCGAGGCACGGGAGAAGGGCGUUGAGCUGGCUGCUCUUGUCAUGGACUCAGUUCCCACUGUGGUCGUGGGGGACCCGCUCAGGCUGCGCCAGGUGGGUGGGCUGCGACUGGUGAGAUGGGAGUGGUUAUUUGGUGGGUGUUGUGUGGCACACGUGGGUUUGGUUUUUGCUCCUGUGGCACACGUGGGUUUGCUUUUUGCUCCUGUGGCACACGUGGGUUUGCUUUUUGCUCCUGUGGGAUUCCCUCCCUACCCUCUCAUUCUCUUCCUCUCUCCCCAACCCACUCUCUCCCCAACCCACUCUCUCCCCAACCCACUCUCUCCCCAACCCACUCUCUCCCCAACCCACUCUCUCCCCAACCCACUCUCUCCCCAACCCACUCUCUCCCCAACCCACUCUCUCCCCAACCCACUCUCUCCCCAACCCUCUCUAUCGCCCCAACCCUCUCAAUUGCCCCAAUCCUCUCAAUUUCCCCAACCUUCUCAAUCGCCCCAACCCUCUCUCCCCAUCCAUCGUCAGAUCGUCGCGAAUCUAAUGGCAGUGGCGGUGCGACUAACCGACCGCGGCCACGUGUUCCUGGUGGUGCCCUCUUCAUUCCUCUCCCUCCAUCCCUCUCCACCUUUCUCACCCUCCACUCCCUCCUUACCCUCUCAAUCCACCCACCCCCCUCUUUCCCCCCUUUAUCAGAUCCUCGCGAAUCUAAUGGCAGUGGCAGUGCAGCUCACCGACCGUGACCACGUGUUCCUGAUCCUCGCGAAUCUAAUGGCAGUGGCGGUGCGGCUAACCGACCGCGGCCACGUGUUCCUGGUGAUCCUCGCGAAUCUAAUGGCAGUGGCGGUGCGGCUCACCGACCGCGGGCACGUGUUCCUGGUGGUGCGCCUGGCGCCGGAUGAUGAUGAGAUGCGACGCAUGGCGGAUCCCAACUCGCCCGACGACAUGGAAGCCCCCAGCAGGGAGGCGCAGGCAGUGGAAGCAGAGCGCAUCGCCCGAGGCCGUGCAAGCCAAGCCAAGGGGGAGAGCCUGACGCUGAGUGGGAGGGCAGCAGCGGACGGCAGCAACAGCUGGGAGAGCAUCUGCCGCAUGAUCCGCGAGCAGGAGGCUCGAUUCCGGCGCCUCAUGGGGCCGCAGCAGCAGCAGGGGGGUGGUGGGGAUGGGGGGAGGGCGGGCGGAGGGGGGGUUGGUGGGGGAGGGGAGAGGGGCGGAGGGUGCGGAGGAGGUGGAAGGGGAGGAGGGGGAGGAGGGGGAGGGGGGUCGGGAGCGGUGGGGAGUGGUGGUGUGCGAGGGGGUGUGAGGCUGAUGUGUACGUUGGAGGACACGGGGGUGGGGCUGCCAGACGCUGUGUUUGACGCUCUCGAAAAGCCCUUUCAACCGCUCUCCCUGCCGCUGCAGCAGCGCUUCGCCGCCGUCCCUCUGCUGCUGAACGUCGCUCAGAAUCUAGUGCAGGCCAUGCACGGCCAACUGCUCGUCUACAGCCGCCCCGGAAUCGGCUCAACAUUCACUUUCGACAUCUCGCUCGCCCAGCCGCCCACCGGCCCGGCCUCUAGCGCGCUGCCACGUGUCUUCCACGCGGGCUUCGGGCCAAUCCCGGACGAGCAGCAGGCAGAGAGCCUUGCGCUGAGAGGCAAGCUGAGGGGAUUGAGAUGCCUUGCAGUGGACGGUCGACCCGUGAGGCAGCAGGUCCUGGCCACGUGCAUGGCUCGUCUGGGCCUCAAGGUGGAUCUGUCAGACAGCGUCUCUGCUGCUGCCUUGGCUCUCAGACACGACGUCACCUCUCCUGCUGCCCCAGCUGCUGGUACUGGCAUGACUGUAACCUCUCAGCGCAAGAGCCGGUGGGAUGUGGUGGUGGUCGAUUUGGACAGUGACGGUCCCUCCACAGGCCUGGCGUUGGGCCGCAUGGUGCUGCAACUGAGGGACCUGGAGUCACAGCAUCGCGCCACUGACCCCGUCGCCAUCACGCAAUCUCUCGCCUCCCUUGGGUGGGAGCAGCACUCCAACUUGCCGCUGCUGGUGCUCGUUGCAAAGGACUCCAACGAGGCGCUGAGAGAGGAAGCACAGAAGCUGGGGUUUGCAGGCAUCAUGGUGAAACCGCUGAGGGCUGCUGAUAUGGCCACCACUCUGCUUGAGGCGCUCUCCUUCAACCCGCGGGACACCAGCGCCACGGCAGCGAGGCGGCGCCAGAUUCUGCUGCGCCUGUGCCUCAAGGGCAAGCACGUGAUGAUAGUGGAUCACAACUUCAUAAGUCGCAAGGCCGUGGCAGUCAUGCUCUCACGCUUUGCUGACGUGGCGCUGGCUCUCGGCUCCGCUAGCGACGCCCUCGCCCGCCUGCAUGCCGCCCCCUCCCUCACACUCUCCCAGGGGCAAGGGGGGGAGGGGCAGGGGGAAGGGCAGGGGCAGGCGCUGGGGCAGAUUCGUGGCUCGGAGUUUCACUUGGUCCUUGUCAACCUGCGCCUUGCUGACAUGUCCGGCUUUGCAUUCACACAAGCUGUAAGGCGCAUGGAGGAGCAGCGCUAUAACGAGGAUGUGGUGCGCAUGGGCAGUGCGGCCCAGCACUCGCACAUCCCCAUCGUGGGACUGGUCAACGACGCCUUGCCUGAACUGGUGGCCAAGUGGAAAGAGGCAGGUAUGGACGGAAUGCUCUCAAACCCCAUCGACGAGGCUCAACUGCUUACUGUGGUUACAAAGCUAUUCAAGCCGGCUGAUUCGCAUGCAUAA